UGUACAGACUGAUUUAAUUUAGUAAAUGAUCAGUCACUCAUUGUCAUUAAUUAUAUUAAAUUAAUCAAGUAUUGAAGAUAUUCUACCUAUGAUGAACUAUUGAAUCGAAUUUAAAUAAGAUAAAUAAACACAAAGUGUUGUUAAGUGUUAGUGUUAUUAUUUAAAGUGAUUUCUAAAUAAUUUCAUUACAAAAGUGACGUUAAAAACUCCACCAUUCCGCCAUUAAACAAAAGCCAACCCAACGGGUGGCUUAUUAAGGGUUGUGAUAGAACCACACCACGUGCUAACCAGAUCCAGGUGACAGGACCAUUUGAAGCUCUUUAUAAUUGGCGUAUUUGUUUAAACGGUGAACCUCCUUGGUGCUAGCAUUCACAUACAUAGCACUAGCACUAUAACAGUAGCAGUAGCUUUGUAACAACACUACUUCUACUACUACUACUAUUAUUAUUAUUAGCAUCAUCAUAGCUAAACACGUAAAUUAGUUACUUACAAAUACAAGCUGUUUGAUCCUGAGCACAAGCUGCCUCUUUGUUUACUACGACAGAACGAAAAACUUGUACUUGUCAUUCAUUUUGAUUGAUCAAUUAAACAAAUUUAAUUAAAACAAACUAAACUACUUCUACGUUCAACGUUUUAUUUUACAAUUCUAACUAAAUCUAUAUCAUUCUAUAAACCCAAAACAAAACAACAUUAUUAAAAUGAAAGUAACAGAAUUAGAUGAACGUAUCCAUGUUGUGGAUGCCAACACUGACUAUCUAAGUGUGAUGAAGACGAUCGCUGAAUCCAGUGGUCAAGAAGAUCCAUUCUAUGUGUUGGACAUUGGUGACAUUGUUUAUAAACAUAAACAAUUUAAACAGGUCAUGCCACGUGUUUAUCCAUAUUAUGCGGUGAAAUGUAACGACAGUCUAAUGGUGAUUGAAAUCUUAGCAGCAUUAGGCACUGGUUUUGAUUGUGCAUCAAAAGCUGAAAUCAAUAAAGUGAUGUCUGUUGGUGUUGAUUCAAAUCGUAUUCUAUUUGCUAAUCCAGCUAAACCUUCAUCACAUAUCGCACAUGCAGCUGCAGUUGGUGUGGAUCUGAUGACAUUCGAUGGUGAAGCUGAAUUGUAUAAAGUGAAGAAGUUACAUCCAACCGCUAAAAUGGUGAUUCGUGUUAGAUGCGAUGAUGAAAACGCUCAAUGUCAACUUGGAAUGAAAUUUGGUUGUGAUGCUGAAACUGAAGCUCCACGAUUAUUGAAACUUGCAUGCACUUUGGGAUUGGAUGUUGUUGGCGUUAGCUUCCAUGUUGGAUCUGGUUGUCGUAAUCCACCAGUGUUCCGUCGUGCUAUUAAAACAGCACGUGGUGUGUUUGAUUAUGCAAAAACACUUGGUUACACGAUGACACUCUUAGAUUUGGGAGGUGGUUAUCCAGGCGAUAGAGGAACAUCCAUCCAGAAGAUUGCUGAUGUUGUGAAUGAAGCACUAAAUGAUUACUUCCCAGAAGAUGCUGAGGUGCCAGUCCAUGUGAUUGCUGAACCAGGUCGUUAUUAUGUGUCGUCUGCAUACACACUUGCAUGUAAUGUCCAUUCAAAACGUGAAAUAAAAAGUCCAGCUGACAACUCGACCAUUUCUCAUGUCAUGUAUUACAUCAAUGAUGGCGUCUAUGGUAGUUUUAACAACAUCUUGUACGACCAUUACGAACCAACACCCAUACUCAUGAAUGAAAACAAACGAGGCAAAUUUUAUCCAUCCAGCAUUUGGGGACCAACUUGUGAUGGUUUAGAUAAAGUUAUUGAUAGUAUGCUUCUACCAGAAAUUGAAUUGGGUGAAUGGAUUUAUUUUGAAAACAUGGGUGCAUACACAUUAGCCGUUGCAAGUCCAUUUAAUGGAUUCCCAGUACCCAAAGUACAUAUUAUUGCUGAUGAAAAGAUAUGGUUGUUGUUAAAAGAUACGCUACCAUUGACUGAAGAACAUUUUGUUUUUGGUAAUACUCCAACUAACAUUCAUUUGGGUUUGGAUAUCGAUGGUAAUGGUCGUCGUGCUGAUGUACAACAUGUAUGGAACAUGGAGCCCAUUGAAAUCAAUCUACCAUUAGCAUUACCACCAAUCACAAUGACAUGUCGUGACACACAAAAGAGUUCUUUUGAUUCAUUCAUUCAUCAUGUGGAUUCAAUGCAUCAAUGAUGAAUCAAUCAAUCAAUCAAUCAGUUAGAUAGAGUCAGUUGUUGAAUUGGAUUUAAUUGAUGAAUUAUUAAUAUUAUUAAUUAAAUAAAAUUAAACAAACAAACAAGUAUGAUUUAUUAAAUAUAAACAAUAAACAAUAAACAAACAAGUGUUAAUAAAGUUAACAUUCCAUUCAUUCAUUUAUUUAUGAAUCAGAAUCAGAAUCAGAAUUAGAUAAAUAAACUUUAAAUGUUUAUAUUUAAAAUACAUACAAGAACAAUAACAUCUUACAUCUACAAU